AUGGCCACCCAAUUAUUCCUCAGAUUCUUACUUCUCUGGCUAUACCCUCACCAACGUCAUAGGAGAAGACACAGACACGGGCUUCGUGGGCUCACUAGACCCCAAGUCAUUGGGCUUGGACAAGAAACAAACCCUAAGCCACUUCAAAUUCUACUAGCAGUCUGGCACGACAUCGUGGACAACCCUCUGACCCUGGGCCCCGAGUUGGACUGGAAGCUUGUGGGCUGGGCCGAAGUGUUGUAUUCCUUUACCUGGCAGGCCCAGCUUCAUUUGGUCAUGGUUAUGAAUUUGGCCUUGUUUGAAGGGAGCAGCAUAACUAUCUUGGGGAGGAACGUGGUUGAUGAAGAGGUUAAAGAUAUGGCUGUGAUUGGUGGCAGUGGUUGA